AUGCCGUUCACUCUGCAUAGUCAGACCGGGGUUGCCCUGCCUCCCAUCACCGCGCUCACCCCGACCUCAGAGGACCCACAUGCUCGCAUGGAUAGACUUGAGCAGGGUUUGCGACAAUUGAGGGCUUCAGACAGAGCCACUACUUGGGAGGGUUUUGAUGGAGUGCCGGUAGCUAGCUUGCCGGCUAAGUUCAGGAUGCCUGACAUUGAGAGGUAUACUGGCAUUGGUUGUCCACGCCUCCAUCUCCGAUUAUACAGCACCGUGAUGAGGGCUCAUGGACUGGACGAGCCUCAGAUGAUUACUCUUUUCCCACUAUCUUUGAGUGGGGCGGCCCAGCGUUGGUUUGCAUCUUUGGAGGCCUCGAGGCGCCGCACAUGGGACGACUUGGCCCAGGAGUUCCUACGACAGUUUUCGUUUAACACUGUCGUAGACGUAUCGAGGAGAGAGCUAGAGGCUCUUAGGCAGAGAUCGGACGAGUCAGUUUCUUCGUUCAUUUCCCGCUGGCGCGGGAAGAUAGCUGAGAUUAUCGAUAGACCAUCAGAGAGGGACCAGAUUCAGAUGGUUUUGAGGAGCCUGCAGCCACGGAUCGCCAGACAUGUGGUAGGGGCCCCGUUCACAGAUUUUGGGUCUCUGGUUAUGGCUCUGUACGAUGUCGAGGACGGCAUCUCGAGAGGAUUAUGGACAGAUUCUUCCCUUAGUGAUAUUAAGGGGAAGAAGCCCUUCGUAGGAUCGAGGCCAACAGAUGUGAGCGUUAUCAGUUCUUCCAGUCAGAGGCCUCUCAGGCGCCAUCAGCCGAUCCCACAGUUUCCCGAGCCUCAUUCGUCCUAUGCAUCUCAUCAGUACAGGCCACGGGCACCUCGUCCAGCUUAUGAUCAGACAUAUACUCCGCAGACUUUGGCUUUGCCUUAUUAUGCCUCCCAGGGCAUUGAGAGACCCUCGGUUUCCUACACGGCUACAGGACAGCCAUGCUACGCUGCUCAGUUCACUGCGAGACCCGCAGCGCCUUAUCCCCGACCCAGAGCUCAGCAGACUUCUGCUCCCUUUGCUUUGAGGACGCAAAGGCAGUUCUCACAUAUAGGCAUGCCGUUGAGCCAGACUCUUCGGAAGCUUACAGAGGCUGGGUUAUUGACUACUCACACCCCUCGGCCGCCGCCUCAAUCGAUUCCACCUCAGUUCAGGAUGGAUCUACAUUGUGCAUACCAUCAGGGGCCUGGACAUGAGACAGAUCGAUGCACCGCUUUGAGGCAUGCCGUUCAGGAUUUGAUCGACCAGGGUUUGGUGCACUUGGGUCAGCCGAGUGUGACCACAAACCCGUUGCCUGCUCACACCACGCAUGCAAUCCCUCCACCAGCUGAUGGCAUUCAUUUCUUGGAGUUUGAUGAGAUCGAUGACCACAUCCACAUGCUGAGUGGUGAUGAUCCAGACCCGGAGCCCAUCAUGCCAGAUGUGAUUUAUGAGAUGAGUGGGGUGACUCUGGGCCCUCGGACGCCUGCUUCAUUCCGAUUAGUUCCCGAGGCGGCGUCAGUGCAGGCUGCCACCGUUGAGCCAUUGAUCUUGCCGCGCUAUAGCAUUCAGACGUCGUUCGUCUUAGUCCCAGAUGUUGAGGAGUUUCAGGCUCCACACAAUGAUGAUUCUCAGACUCUGGACAUUCAGUAUGUUUUCCGAGGAGGCAGAGUGAUGCGACAGCCACCUCCCGCGGCAGCUAGGCCAAUUGAGGGUACGUCCGCUCCCGAGGAGGUCAAAGCCGAGGACGAUGAGAUCUUGAGACAGUUGCGGAGCACUCAGGCUCGUAUUUCCAUUUGGAGCCUGUUGGCGUCCUCGAGCAUUCAUCGUGAUGCUCUGAUUCGGGCUUUGAGCCAGAUCCGAGUCGAGACUACCACCUCCCCCGAGGGAUUGAUCCAUAUGAUGACGGCCGGCAGAGCCACUUGCAUCGUCUUUUCCGAUGAUGACUUGCCACCAGAGGGUUCAGACCACACGCGUCAUCUCUAUAUAUCUGUUGGCUUUUCAGGUCGUCGAGUUCCAUCUGCCCUUCUGGACAAUGGCUCAGCCCUGAACGUAUGUCCUCUGGCCACCGCCAUCGCUCUUAGAUACGCUCCUUCUGAUUUCAGUCCCUCCACUCAGACCGUCCGAGCUUAUGACAGUACUCGGAGGGAGGUCAUGGGUACAUUGGAGAUCGAGUUGCUGAUUGGUCCAGCCACUUUUGUCGCCGUGUUUCAGGUUUUGAGGAUUCCUACAUCCUUUAACCUGCUUUUGGGCCGACCGUGGAUUCAUCGAGCUGGAGCCAUUCCUUUUUCACUUCAUCAGAAAGUGAAGUUCAUCCAUGAGGGCCAGGUAGUCGUCGUACAGUCGGCAGGGGACAUGUUCAUUUCCGCUGAGCCCGUGCUCCAGAUCAGCCACAGUGAUGAUGAUUUACUACUGACCGGGUUCACUUUUGAUGAGGUACAGACUGGGAGACUUUUGCCUGGACUUCAUCGCUAUGUCCUUUGA